AUGCCGAACAAUUCUAGCAUUUCGUCCGACAAUGAUUCGAAGCAAAAUGCUUACCAAAUCCAAUCGGACAACCGUUAUCGUCGCCGUAGAACUCGUAGAACUACGACACCUGUUGUUCAAACAACAACGACAACGCGACCAAAAACUGAACACGAAAGCAAUCAAGAACUAACAAAUGCCUUUAUCGAGAAGUUGACAGCCGGUGUCUUGGCUAAGAAUAGAACUCAAGUGAAUGACUGUUUCGACUUGAAUUUCAAAUUCGAAAGCUGCAAAAGAACCGACAACAAGAUUGAAAUGGUCGGAGAGAUGCUUGAACAAACCGGAAGCAAUUUCCAAAUGAUAUUCGAUGCAUCCUAUGACCAACCAGUUGGACAUUGGCUCAAAAUCAUGGGAAAGUUCAACGGAUGGAAAGGUCACACAUACAACAUAUACUUCUCAAUCAUCAGAGAAAACUUGAAAGCGGUGAGAGGUGAAGUGCUCAGAUGUUCUCCAGGAGAUCCUUAA